AUGGCCGCGAAAGAGCUUGUCGAGAUUUUGCUUCAAGUGAGCGAAAAAUCCGCCAAGAUUGCGCGAGCAUGGCGCUGUCAGGAGGAGCUUUUUGGAUUAAUGGUUGAGGAGAAAGCAGAGAAGGAGAAGAAUGAGCGGUUUGUUCGUGAUUUUAAAACGCUGGCCGACGUUCUGGUACAGGAAGUAGUAAAGCAUGAUGUUUCGCUGAAAGUGAGCUGAAUUGAUUGUUUACACUAUUUUGUGCAGUCGUUCUUAAAACAAGAAUCUAUUCAUCAUCGGAGUAAUUUUUUUUCUUAUCAUAUAGUUUCCUGAACUGAGAGGCCAUAUUUUGGGCGAGGAAUCCAACAUAUUCAAAAACAGCUUUGGCCAAGAAAUUAGAAUUGAGGUUCGAGAAGACUCGGAAUCUACUUCAAGACAUCUGACUACAGUUUUGUGCGGAAAUGAGAUCGCUGCUCGACUGCUGGCAGAGCUCAUUCAUACUGAUAUCGUUUUGGAAACGGAAGAAAUAAAAGUAAUGGAGGAGCAAUUGGAUUUUGAGCUUCCCUUGAAUGAGUUAGGAAUCUGGAUUGAUCCAAUCGGUAAUAUAAUUAUAUUGUAACAAGUGCAAUUAAAAAUAUUUACCUUGGAAAUUUAGGGUGGAGUGUAUUUUUAGAUGCUUUCUUAUUUUUAAAAUACGAAUUUCUUAAGUUAAUUUGGUAAGAUUUAGGCACACCUCAUACCUCAUCAUGCAUACAGUUCUUGGAUAAAAAAGGUGAAACUUAAAAUAGAUUGCCUUUAGAACUACGGCUUUGUAUUUCAGUGGUAGUAUGGGGCUGUGCGGAAAUCUUUACGUUGAUUUUGAAGUGCAUUUGUUCAGGCAAGGAUAAUCCUGAAUUACUGCAAGGCUUAAACAAUUUCCUGUUGAACAUGGCAUGUUACCCCCCAAAAUAUCACUUAACUCCAUUAUUUUACUGAAUAGUUUGGAUAGGUACUGUAAGUCAUAUUUCUCCACUGUCACAGCUAAUGUUUUGGAUAUGACAAAUAAUAGGCAUUCACAAGGGGUUCAUUAAGGUUGCUAUUGUCCCAUACUACAGCACCCUUUUUGAAUCAUACACAAACUUCUUUUUACAGAUUCUACAUCAGAGUACCUGUCAAAUUCUCCAGGGAAGGAAGUUGAUGGUAUUGUCGUUUCAGGUUUACCUUGUGCUACUGUUUUAAUUGGAGUAUUUCAUCGUGAAACUGGUAUACCUGUGGCUGGUGUGAUCAAUCAGCCAUUUUCCAUGCUAAUCCAAGAGAAUACAACCUCAAGAUGUUGGAAUGGAAGGAGGCUCUGGGGAGUAAAUCAUGCUGGACAUGCCUAUUAUUCCCUGGGAAAUAAAAGGAAAUCCAAUAAAACAUCAACAGAUACUCAAAUUAGCAGUACUUUUAAGGUAACAAUAAGUGGAAGUGAAAGUGAAAAUGUGAAGGAGACUCUAACGUCUUCAGGAAUUAGAUUAUUUCCAAGUUCAGGUGCUGGCAACAAACUUCUUCAUGUUAUUGACGACAAUGUUGACUUCUAUGUCCUUUCUGGUGCCUUUUCCUUCAAGUGGGAUACCUGUGCAGCGCAUGCAAUUUUGUGUUCCAUGGGGGGAGGGGUGGUAGGUUAUAAGGAAGCCCUGUUAUUGAAAUCAAUUACAAAAGAAAUUGAUAAGAUAAGUCUUGAUAAGUGUGAACUAAAAUACAACAAACCUGAUAAUGAUAUUGCGAAGAAAUGGAGUAAUAGCAGUGGACUGAUAGCUUUUAAAUCUCAUCAAAGAGUUUUUGAGCUCUUAGAAUGUUUUGGUUCAUAUGGCAGACAAUUAUCAAAACAGAAAGAGAUAUGAAUUAAGCCUUUAACCCCGAAGAGUGACUAGUUUCUAAUUUCUCCAAACAAUAUCACCACUUAAUCACACAUUAAUGUCGUGAGAAUAAAGGAAAUGAUCACCAAAAAAAGAAACUCUUGAUUGUUAGACAAAUUCUCCUUUUGCAGCACAUUAGUAAAUGUACAGAGAACAGUGUGGAGUGUAUGAAUACUGAUGUUAGGGUGUAAAGGGUUAAGAGGCUAGAUUGUGUUAAUUCAGGUAGUUCUGUGUAUUUUCAACAGCCAAGACCAAUUGCAGCUUUUAUUCAAGUUGAAUUAGGUUUGAGCCAAAUACUUUUGCAAAUUUACUUUUUGGAACAAUUGUUUUUUAUUGCUCUUCUGAUGAUCGCACCUUUGGUUACAGAUGUAUACUUUGUGUACAAAUGUCAAUUCAAAUUUUUUUUGUUGGCCUAUCAUAAAAGCAUUCUAUGUAAUGCUAGAAAAAAAUCUGGCAGUUGAAUUGGUAAUCGUACGUGCAGUAUUCACCCAUAUUGAUGUACAAGUAUUGUAUUGUUAAGAUCAGUUUUGAAUUCAUAUCAAAUACAUGGGGUUUUGUUAAAGAGCAGUGUUCAUAUUAGUUAGGAAUUAUUUAUUUUAAUGUAUUUGAAAUGUUUGUGAGAAGUUAGCUGGCAUGACUUCAUAGAUGAGCAUAAUAAAGUUUCCCAUUUAUAAUACUCAAGACAUACAGUUUGGGUUGACUAGCAUUUUGUUUCAGUCUCCUUUAACAAGGAAUGACACAUUUAUAGUGUAUAGAUAAUAAUAUAGUUCUCUGUUUAUAUUAUGGGUAUCAGAAGUUGACAAAAUCUUAAGAAAACCAGUGAUAUGGUGCUCAGACAAAGAUGUGUCUGGAUUGCAGAGAGAAUUAUGAUAAUAAUUAUUGUAAAUCAUAGUUUGUAAAUUAAGUAACAGCAAUACAUGUAUAUGGAAAAUUUUUAAUAAAAAGAGGG